AUGUAGCCAAAAGACCUGAAAUAUCUUAAUGUAGCUGAGAAGAUGUAUUUUAAUAUUUUAAAUGCAUUCCUCACAGUUAACAAUCAAUUGUAUCCCAACAUUUUUUGUUGUUGUUCGAAGCUAAAUGUACUAUACAUAAGUAUUGUCAAAUAUCAUCACCUCUUUGGCUAUCAUUAAUCCAAAGUGCCAUCACUACCACGUAGUUAGUCAUGGGAGCUUUGUUUGGAAAAAGCAGCAAAAAAACGGCUCCUAGCCGGAUAACCGAGGAGGACAAGGCGGUUCUGCAAUUGAAGCAACAAAGAGAUCGCAUCAAGCAGUAUCAAAAACGCAUCGAAACGCAGCUGGAAAAUGAUCGACUUCUGGCCAAGAAGUGCCUGCAGCAGGGUCGCAAGGAUCGUGCUAAACUACUACUGCGCAAAAAGAAGUACCAGGAGAGUUUGCUAAUCAAUGCCGACAAGCAGUUAGAAAACCUUGAAGGGUUGACCGCAAACCUGGAGUUCGCCCAAGUGGAAAUAGAGGUGCUGAAUGGCCUUAAAGCAGGCAAUGCGGCUCUAAGGAAGGUACAUGCAAUGCUGGACAUCGAUGAGGUGGAACGAAUUAUGGACGAGACCCGCGAGGGCAUCGAAAAACAGCAGGAAAUAGACGCCAUACUGACGGAUGCUUUGACCACGCAGGACGAGGAGGAUGUCCUAGCCGAAUUGAAUGCCCUCGAGGCGGAGGAGGAGCAGCAGACAAGUGUACAACUGCCCGAGGUGCCCACCGAGGAUUUGCCGACCCCCGUCGAGAGCGAAUCCGCCGAGGAACCGGAAAAGACCAAAACAAUCAGCAGCAAACCUAAGAAAGUCUUGGUUGAGGCUUAGAACGUAAAGUAAAACUAAACCAAUGCCAUUUUGUAUGUAUAUAUUGCCGUUUAACUACAUUUCUCGAUAAGUCCAAUGUGAAAUAUGUAUUUUAAUAGACUAUGCUUUUCUAGAGGAAACGAA